AACAACAUGUUUAUCCCGCCGGCGUCCGAAGCGGGCAGCCUGUCUCCCGCUGGAUUAGAUCAGCUAGCUGUGAGCCGAACAAAGGGGCCCGGUGUCCUUACCGGGUGAGACGGUAGAGACUCGGCUCAACCAUGUGACCCGUGCACUUGUCAAAGCCCCUUUGAUGUAUCGAUGCCAUCAGAGGUCUGCCAGCAGCAGCAGCAGUCCAAAUCGCCGCUGCCCUGACCUCACUCGCAGCCUGACACACCAGCGACCAUGGGCAAGCAAAACAGCAAGCUCCGCCCCGACGUCAUGCAGGACCUGAUGGAGAACACUGACUUCACCGAGCAUGAAAUCAUGGAGUGGUACAAGGGCUUCCUGCGGGACUGCCCCAGCGGGGCGCUCUCCAUGGAGGAGUUCAAGAAGAUCUACGCCAACUUCUUCCCUUACGGCGACGCCUCCAAGUUCGCCGAGCACGUCUUCCGCACCUUCGACGCCAACGGGGACGGGACCAUAGACUUCAGGGAGUUCAUCAUCGCCCUGAGCGUGACCUCUCGCGGCCGGUUGGACCAGAAGCUGAAGUGGGCGUUCAGCAUGUACGAUCUGGACGGGAACGGAUACAUCAGCAAGGCGGAGAUGCUGGAGAUCGUAACGGCUAUUUACAAGAUGGUGUCCUCAGUAAUGAAGAUGCCCGAGGACGAGUCCACGCCCGAGAAACGCACGGACAAGAUAUUCAGACAGAUGGACACGAAUCGAGAUGGUAAACUUUCCCUUGAGGAGUUUGUGGAGGGAGCCAAGAGCGAUCCCUCCAUCGUCCGGCUGCUUCAGUGUGAUCCAAGCGGUGCCGGCCAGUAGAAAACCUUUUCUCCCCAAUUAUAGUUGUAUUAGUCUGACACAUUUUCAACAUCUCUCCCAGCUGACCCACCUGAUAUUGUGGACAUUUGAUCCUUUGAGCUGUAGAGGCACAUGCGCGCGCACAAACACAAACACACACACACACACACACACCUAAUCAACAUGCGUCUA